AUGUCGCAAACCUCCGAAUCAAGUCUUCAGGCCUCACCCAAGGUUGAGUCAACCACGAGUAGUGGGGGUCUAAGCCUGAGUACGCGGAACAGAAUGCCAUACUUCAGGUACUUCGGGCCCACAGCUAUAGUGCCUGGACUGCGACAGAUGGUCGUCAAAGUGCGAGGGAAGCAACACGGUAGUGCUCAGACUACAUCAGAUCAACACGCAAUCGAAUCCUCACCUGCACAGCCGUCCGUAGGCUCACCACCAGCGCCAGAAGCCCGAACGCCAGCUGAGAUACCCAUAUACGAUGCCUCGUCAAUGUCGCCUAGUCCACUCAUUACCCAUCUCUGUAAACUGUUCUUCGUACACCUUGGCUGCUCUUUCCCAUUCCUACAAAGAGAACGCUUCAUGCGUGACUUGGAAGAGAAGCAGGUAGACGCCAUACUCGUGGACGCUGUCUGUGCAUUAGCGGCCCGAUUCUCGACACAUCCUAUGCUGACAGGCAAGGGCGACCCGCAGAAGGAGGACGGGACGGAAACUCCAAAGAUUCCGCCUUCAGAGCACGGUCAAGCGUUUGCCCAGCGAGCAAAAUCAGCUAUCCCGGAUGCUUUCCCGUGUCCUAGUGUGGCAGUAGUGCAAGCGGCACUGCUUCUUGCAUACGACGAAUUUGGCGCAAGUCGUGACAGCGGACUUUGGAUGUAUCUGGGUAUAGCCAUUCGGAUGGCGCAGGAUUUGGGCAUGCAGUCUGUGGGCGGAUUGAAGUACGAAGGACGCAAGGGCCCGACUCCAAAUUCCAUUAAAAGUGACCCAGAUGGGGGGCGGCACGCGGAGCAACCCACAGUUCAAGAGAGCCACGGAACUAGCGCUGAGGAGCAAGAGCAAAGAGCUGCUGAACGCGAGAGGUUGGAUACGUUUUGGUCUAUAUUCUUCCUCGAUCGCGUCAUAUCUUCUGGGACGGGACGACCGGUCACCCUCCGCGAUCGCGAUAUCGAGAUCUCAUUCCCCUCCCUAGACGAGGUCGACUCUUCUGGAUGGCCGUUGCCAUAUCCUGCGCUGAUUCGUAUCAUCCACCUUUACGGUCGUGUGACUGAUCUCCUCAACCGCAUAAGAAGUGCCGACGACAUCACUGCUGAUCUGCAGAAGCAACUCGGAGCAUGGGAAGAUCGUCUGACAGGUAUCUACCAGAAUCUAUCGCCAAAACUUCACUUCAACGCAGUCAACUUCCAGCAAUAUGUUAAGAUUAAUCAAGGGACGAACUUUCUUUUGCUGCAUUGCUGGUUUCACACCCUGAUCGUCCUUCUACAUCAGCCAACGCUGCUCAGGACGUUCGAAGGAACUCCGCAAUCCUUAUCGACCAACAGCAGAGAACUGUCCAUGUCUUCUGCGAAGACCGUCGCUGACAUUUUGGCCUUUACCGAGCUUAUCGAUGUAAAGACUGGAAUUGGCAAUCCGUUUACCAGUCAACCGAUAUAUAUUGCCGCAUGUGCCUUCCUCAAAGAAACCGCACUUCAUUCAGCAUCAUCGCAGCCUCAGUCUCGUCCUGCUAGCCCUGGUCGAAAUGGCGAGAAUGGGCAAAAGAUCACUACUCACCAUUCUCUCGACCGUCUGAACUCGGCCAAUAGCUCCGUCAAAGAUCUGGAGCAAAAGCAAACCGCCGCUAAGCAUACGUUGCUUGCCUCUGCUGCCAACCAGAAUUACCAGCGAUGUUACCGUGCUCUGAAGGCUUUGGAAACCUACUGGGCCGGAGUCAAGUACAUAAUGACUGUCUUAGACCAAAAGGCGAAAGGCGUUGGUGACCCCUUGCUGUACACAACCGAGGAGAUGGAAAGUGCAUUAGAAGCUCCUCGACCUGAGCCGUCAUUCACUAGUCCCGGCUGGAGAAGGAAGCUCAGCUGGGGAACUUACUUGACAGCACAAAACUCUGAUGCAGACGUCGCAAAGAUGGCAGCUGCAAUACGGAAGGGCGCGAGGACGCCAAACAUGCCCGGCUCGCCUAUGGUACAUCCCAGUCAAGCCAUCGGGUGGUCGCUUACUGGUACCAUGAAUUCGCCAUCGACAAAUGUUGCAGUCAUGUACACGUCCGAGAAUGGCGAAGGCCGGAGCACGAAGCCACCACCUCCCAAAGCACCACCAGCAAGCACACAACCUUCCAUCGCGUCUCUCAUAUCAGAUCCUCCGAUCAAGUUCGAGCCACGCCACCAAUCUCUACCGUCACCAUCCGCUUUCUCGCAAUUCAGCUCAGCGUCCAUGCCACCACCGCCACCAAACCCAGCCUUCAACCACAUCCCCACCCCAGACCCGGUAUUGGUGUCAGACGCCGACCUCCUCCUGAACCUACACUCUCCGUUUUCAGGCGGUUCACCAUCGGCUAUCAGAACACCAUUACAAAACCCAACAUCCUACACGCGUUCAUCUUCACAACAACAUAACCAACUACAACCUACACCCCAAACAGAAUUCUCGCCCACUUUCGGAACUUUCAACACACCAUCGGACAACACAUUUGGUGACAUGGUCAUCGAUACACAGGACGUCGAUAUGUCCCUUCUAGGCGCCGAUAUGAUGCCUUGGGAUUUGGAGUAUCUACCACAUGACAUGCUUUAUUUCGGUGACGGCAGCUUUGGAAAUGGCGGGUUUACCGGGGAUGGCACGUCGGGCGACCAUAAUACAGGCUAA